AGGAUGUAAUGUGUGAUUAUCACAGGAUGUAAUGUGUGAUUAUCACAGGAUGUAACGUGUGAUUAUCACAGGAUGUAAUGUGUGAUUAUCACAGGAUGUAAUGUGUGAUGGAGAACUUAUCCUAGAGAACUCACCGCUACACCAGUACCUUCAAGAGAUAGGCUGGGAUGACACCCAGACAAUUACACGUACUGCUGCGCCACAGGACGACCCCACGCAAACAGCACCUACAACAAAUACACUGCAGUUAAUUCUGAGUAACAGUAAAUCACUUGCACGGACGGUUGUGUGUAGAGUUUGCAGCUAUGUGCUUCUCAUGUACAGUGCACUGAGCACACAAUCUGAUCUCAAUCUAUCAGAUCUACGUGAGGAAAUAGAGCCACACUUACUGGCUCACCACAGAGACUCACUAGAGGAUCUUACCAACUCUGGUGUUAUCAGCAACAUUCCCCCUCGUGAUCCCCCUGGGAUUCCUAUCAGUUUUGUUUCUACCAUCUUUUACUUGGUUGUCGUUACUUCUGUUCUCUUAGUAGGGAUUGUAACCAACUUCUCAAACAUGUUAGUAAACACUGUUAUAGCUGCAGUGUUGUGUGGAACCAUGUACUGUUAUUGGAGUAACCAUCAGAGAGGUAACCACAAAUCACCAAACUAUAUCAUAUCUCAAUAUGUGGACUCCUUCAGAAAGUACAAACUGCUCAGUAAGGUGAUGUUAUCUUACUUGCGUGAUUGCCAGAUUGCGCGCACUCCCUACGCAACAGGCGUGACCUGGUCUAAGCUGGAUAACAUCGAGCAACAAUGCAGUGAGGGACUGCAAAGUGCUACCAUGCGCCGGAAACUGUUUGAUUCCUUGAGAUCAGUGUUCGUGGAACAGAAGAAAACAAUAGAGGGGUGGUUGGAAACCUCUCCGCUUAUCAGUGAGAUUGACUGUGUUAACAGGUACAUUUGUCUGCAGGACCAUCUGGAAAUAUUAUCAGAAAACGAGGUGAUAUCAUCAGAUAUGGAGUUCUCCAGCCAUACCCUGAGGUAUCAUCUGAAGUUGGUUGAGCACAUGUCAUCUGAAGUAUUGUGGAGGUUUAGUGUUAGCACGUUCCCUGGUUCAUGGCCGGAAGUCAGACUCAACAACAAACAAGUUAACUCAAUGCUGACAGUGCUCCACAGCUUACAAGAGAUGGUCUCUGCACGCUGUAGUGAGUUGAGGAGGUUUUACGAGAAGCACAAUAACCCUGGUAUAGAAAAUGCAGUGUUAGCACCCGCUGAAGUGCUGGGAGAAACUAGCGCUUCACACCUCUCACACCAGCUCCGGCUCCUACACUCAUCUCUUAACAUUGCUACUAUUCGCUGUCGGGAUGCUCAAUCACUCCUGUCACAAGAAGGCGUUACCGACCUUGUCUCAACUCUGAGCUUGAUAAAACUGAACGUGGACCUUGCUGACGCCACAUUACAAACCCUCUCCUCACUAACUAAAAGCAGCGCCCCCACACACGCACCACUACAGCGCGCAGAAACAGAUCAGACUCUAGAGGAAGGAGAAGGGAGGGAAAGCAUCCCUAUCAUACCAUACAAACAGCUUGGCAACAUGGUAUUCACUGCUGUUAACGACGGUACAGAUUCAGCAGGACUUGAUGUUGGUGGUCUGGAUUCUGAUGAUGAGUUGGAGCUGAACAUGCACCGUCAUAAGCAGGAGAGUAAACUGAUGUUAGCGGAGUUGAAGCAUGUUAUUGAUAAUAACCCGACAUGUCUGUAUGAAGAUGAUUACCAGGAGUUUAAGCAGACAGGGUUGUUGAACCCUACCAAGUUGGACCUCAAGGAGAUGUAUGAGAACAGAUCAGAGGACGGAUCGGACACAGAACUUCCAGAACAUUCUGAACAGACCCCUCUGAGAAUAGGCUUCAACCCUAUGUCCUUACCCUUCCCCUCUCACCCCUUCUCUGGAGCUUCUUACCCUUUUCCUGGUGCUUCUAGCUUGUUUAGAGAGAUGGAGGUUUGCGAGGCUUACGGAGAUCUUUCUGAAGAGGAGGAUGAAGAAGGAAAUACUGAGGAAGGAGGAGAUUUAGAAAGAAAAGAAGUUUUAACUGGCAAAGCAAUUGCUGAAAUAGAUGAAGAAAUUAAUGAAAAUGAAGUAAAAGAUGCAAGGGAAGAAGAGGAGAGAGCAACGGUUGUAAAUUGUAAAAGGCAAGAAAAUAUUUGAAGAAGAGGAGCAAUCUACUCACACAAUUGAUGGGACUUUUAACGAAACUGAAGCCUUGGUGAUAUGAUCUCCAAUGUGGCUGCUAAUAUAUUAACUGAUUAGCUGCUGAUAUAUCAGAUGGUGUCUAAUAUUGCUGUUCAGGAAGGAUUGUACAUGAAAUGGGACGUGUUUGAUACGCAUGUUCCGUGCAUAAUACCAACACAGAACAUGCGUAUCAAAUAUAGCAACGUUGGACUUACCUCAGCUUCAGAUGUAUUAGUUUGUACUUUGUGUAAUAUGGUGGGUUUCCUUUUCGGGCAGUUUUUAUAGGAUUUUACAGUUUUAACCUUUAAACUUAUUUGCAUAUUUGUUCAUCACUGACCUCUUUAUUCUUAUUUUCGCUCGCUUACAAAGAAAGAGAUAAAAGCUCACCAGAAAUAAGACUUUUCAGCUCUACACAGUACACACUCCAAAUUGUACUCGAUAAUUGAACGCUCAACACUUUUAGCAGCUUCUAAAAUGUAUUGUACAUCGCAUAUUUUUGUACAUUGCAUAUUUUUGGCACACUAUCGUUGUGUUUCUGGAGAUAAUUCGGUAAAUAUGAUAACUUUUACAGGAUUACAGGUAAAUAGCUGUGUCUCGUGACGUCAAUCAAGCAUUAUUCAUAAUUCAUAAUAUUAUGCAUUUACAAUCACGUGACAUGCAGUAAAUUCUUUAAUGCGUAUUGUAAUUGCUAAUCACCAAAUAAGUAGUGUGCGUGUAUAUUAACAUAUUUAUGAAGACGCUGGCUACUUCAGCUGCAGACCUUUAUUCCUUUAUUGUAUUGGUUUAUAUUAACUUUCUAUUUAAAAUGGUUUGAUUACAAUGUUUUACAUUGGUACAUUAGAAUGUAUUUACAUUGUUUUACAAAAUACAGUGAAACUUCAAAUCCCAGACCACAAUUGUACCGGACUAAUUUAUUACCGGACUAAAGGAAUCGUGUCAAGUGCCAGAAUCCAGAUAUUAGUUGUAAUAUUGUAUUUUUAAUAAUUAUUCCGGCAAUAGAAGUUUUGCUGUAGUUACAUUCCUUUACUGUUAGUAAAAAAGAAGAAAUCGUGACGCAAUCCGCAGAAGCACUCAAAAACCACUCACAAAGC